UCGUUUUUUUUUUUCGAGGUUGGCGACUUUCAUCAUGUCGCAGGACCGGGGGAAGGAUCCGGUAGACUCGCUCACGACCGCCCGACAAGGUCAUAACAUGAAGACGUUUGACUCGCCGUUCAAGGUCGACCCGACAGUCGACGGCAAGCGGGACGACCCGGUGUGGCAUUUCGUGGCCAGUGGGCGUUAUUUGGAUGGGUCAACGGCGGCCGGCAGGAAGAGCGGUCGUAGAUGCCUGUGCAGGUUGUGCGGGCGUUCGAUUUGUGGGGGCGCUAAAGCCGCCAAGGAGCACUUAUCGAAGAGCGAGAAGUUCCGAUGUGAGGCAGCCACUCCUGCUGUGUGGAAUGCGAUCUGGUCGAAGGACAUGACAAAAUGUCCAAAGGAGUUCGCGUCGGCCAUAGAAAUGUUGCAGAGCCACUUGCCAGGUCAUCCGAGCUUGCAAUGGCCACCUCUUCGAUUCCCCGAGGACGCAGUGCCGUCGCUGGUUCCUCUCACCGCCCCUUAUGGAGCCGUCGCAUCGCCCAAUUCUGGGGCUCCGGCCAUUCGAGUCACGGUACCGCGUCCUGCAACAACAGUUGCAACACGACCGGCAGCCCCGCCGUCUGUGCCGCUGGCUGGGACACGAGGUGCUCGCGAUGUGGGAGUUSGUCGUUCCACGCCAGCCAACGAGCCCCCGCCUCUGAGGGAUGGUGUGGGCUCUGCGGCAUUUGACGAGGAGAGCACACGUGCAUUUAUUGAGAGUCACAGGUGGGGGGGGAGUGCCGGCAGUUCAGCGCCCGCGCUCGCCCCUGUUUUCAGGAGUGAUAGGCAGUCAGAAGCCGCAUGGGGUGGUACUGCGGUGGCACCUGGCGCAUCACCCCGCAGUUCGUCGAAGCACCCCUGGCUGCCACCGCCACCGUCGAGAGCGGCGCAGCGUCCAAUGGUCCACCACGCUCACGGAACCGCCCACUCGGAUCCGUCACACGCACCUGCAGAUGCUCGACAUUCUGCUUCCGUGCCUCGUUUCGGGGAACAGGUGGAUCAUGGGGUGCCUGCCGAGGAGGUCCCCACUCCGGUGUCCGAUUCAUCGCCGACCCCUGUUCCGACAACCACGGGCGGUGGUCGGUCUGCCCCACAGCCUCCACCCGUGUUGACCGGAACGUUAGACGCUUUGCAGCGCAUUCGUGACCUUGCAGUCGCCCAGAGCGUGACACCUGUGAGCCCUGGCGAGUUGUUGGAUGUUGGGGUCCUCGGCGGGAGAGCUACGACGGGACGAUGUCGGGGCACUUACAGGCAGCAAGCCGUCACGUCAUAUUAUUCGGACCCUUUGGAGCGCGCAUGGCAUCUCCAAAUCAUGCGGUUCAUCGUCGAGAGCGGGAUGCCGUUCAACAGCACGAAGCUUGAAAGCUUCAAACGCAUGUUCACGAUGAUAAUCCCGCCGGGGGUUCCAGGGGCGCCCGCGCCUAGACUUCCCUCGUACCACAUGCUGCGCACGACCCUUUUGGAUGAGCUGGAUGGUGAGGUCCAGAAGUGUGUUCGGCCGGUGCUUGACACAUCGAGAGAGACCGGUUGCACAAUCAUUACCGAUGGUUGGACCAACAUCCGUGGUCAGAUGUUGUGCAACUACCUUGUUGGUACAGAGAUCGGGGUGGUGUAUGUGUCCACCGACGUCAUGCGUGGCAAAAAGGACGCUAGUGCCCUCGCGAACGCAUGGUUGAAAAGGGUGAAGUCCAUGGACGUUCAAUUGAGCGACAUCACGACGUUCGUGACGGACUCCGCCGGGGUGAACGUCGCGGCGAUGGAGGUAUUCCAAAAAGAUGAGAGCGUGAAACAUAUCUUCUGGAUUCCUUGCGUCGCCCACAUCAUGGAUCUCAUUCUCGAGGACAUCGGCGGGAUUGAUUGGGUGGCUUCCCGCAUUUCUCAAGCGAGGCUGGUUACAAGGUUCUUCAAGCGCCAUGGACAUGCGAGAGAGGUUUUUGAGGCGCACUCGACGAAGACUCUUCUGCUACCGGCGGAGACGCGUUUCGGCACGAACGUCAUCAUGAUGGAGAGGCUGGUGGCAUUGCGGGCCGCGUUGACAGAUGUUGUGGCCGACGGUCGCUGGCGCGAGACUGUUUGGUCGACCAGCAAGAUCCGCAAGGAUGCAGCAGAGGUCACUGCAUGUAUCGGCUCCCCUCCAUGGUGGGAGGAUUUGAGAGCUCUGUGCAAGAUGAUAGAGCCCAUCAUGGGCAUGCUGAAGUUGGUGGACAGCGACACACGCCAGAUCAGCAAGAUUUUGCGACGUUACGAGGAAAUGAUUGCAUCUUGUUUAUCCGCAUGUCGUGACAUUGAUCGAGAGCAGCAGGACGCUAUUGUGGAGGUGUUCCACAGGCGGCGCACCAUGUUCAAGAGCCCCGCCCACACGGCAGCCAUGCUGCUAGAUCCAGAGUUCCGGGACGCGACGCCUUGUGACGAUGCGGAGGUGCAGCAGGCCUUGGUCGAGGCCCUUGUCCAGUUCGGCUACCCGGAGGAUUCGCCGCAGCACCGGGAGGUCCAACGAGAGGUCGCCAAGCUCAACACGAGGGAGCCCCCUUUUUGGCGAGCUACGUAUAUCUUUGAUCACCCUGCCAGUUUUUGGUCCUCAAAGAAGGCGAAGUUCCCUCACACAGCCGUGUUCGCAGGCAGGAUCCUUCGUAUAUGGGCGACCGCCUCACCGUGCGAGAGAGCGUGGUCUCGUUGGAGCUUCAUUCAUUCGAAGUCUCGCAACAGGUUGGAGGUUCCCCGGGCUGAGAAGCUUAUGCGGUGCCACUGGAACCUCAGGCUACUCGAUCGACCUUCGUUGUGCGACGAUGGUGUUGGAGAGAGGCCCGGUGUCUUCGGGAAAUGGGUGCAUUAUUGGCAGGCCAUGGAGGACGAGGCAGCCGUGGACCAGCAGCUCGUCAGAGGCACCGAUGUUCUGGCGAAGGUGACCAAGGAGGAGUUUAGCCUCGCCAGAGAGAGGAUGCACGCCAUUUCCCGCAUGGGAACCGAGCGUCGGGUGGCGGAGUCGGACAGGAGGCGACGCAGGGCUGGUGGUCGGGGACGUGGCGGCCGUGGACGAGCAGGGUUUGCUGAAAAAAGUCUGGCCAUGGCACUGCACGGCUAUAGACCAGGCUACUGGUAUCUCCAGACGCGCUGGAAGCCCAUGUCUGGGGAAGGGCCCUUGAUUAGGGUGAUGCUCAGCUACGAUGGGGGAGACGAACUGAGGUUGAAGAUCAAUGUGGAAGGCGCUAAAGAGGAGGAAAAAAGAACAAACCCAAAGUUGUUAGAUGCUAUUACGGAAGCCAAAGAUCGGGCUGAGCGACGCUGCAGGAGAGACGGGGUGACGACGAGAAUGCAAGUAACGGUCGCAUAUCAUGAGACAGAGACCGCAUCGGACACGGUGGACCGAGAACAGGCCCACCUGGAUAGGGACUCAAGGGGGGAGAGUGAGAUGAGUGAGGCUAGAGACCGGGAGACCGAUCUCCAGUCAUGGAACAGGCCGGACCAGGUUCGCAAGAACCACCCUCAGGCGCGACCAGUGGAAGGCGGGCCCGAGGCCAGCUCGUGACAGCAGAGACCCAGAGGCUGCGGGACAGUUGAGACGAG